AACUUUUAGUUUGUGAUUUCAUUCUUAUCCUGGUUUGGUUUCCUCUAUCUACUUCCAGAAGCUCGCCCGUCUAAUCGAUGGAAAGUACGACUGAUUGCCAAGUAAGGAUCCUCGAAUUCAAUAUCCUCUUUUCUCUAUCUCCGUCUCAUUUCUUCUGUUUGGUUCCUGAGGAACUUAAAACCCAAAAAGGUGCUGACUUUGGAUAUGGUAAUGUCGACUUGCAGGUUUCCCACUCUUCGGAUUCGCUCUCGCUUCGCAGUUUUUUUUUUCUUCUUUCGAAUUGGGUACUCUAUCUCUGGUUCAGACUUUUGUAAUGCUGGGUUUUCCUCCUUUUGCUUGCAGAGCCUCCGGAUUUAAGGAACUGGUUUUCGAGCUACCAAUAUGACUCUUUUGUUCUGGAUACUUACGAUGAAGCAUUCAGAAGCCGAGGUCACAAUGAUCCCUCAGUUGUUGAUGUUGCAGAGAAAAUUAGGGCAAGCAAUGAUGGGAAAUUGAGGGAACCCCUGGGAACUGUCGAAUCCAGCGAUGGAAGUGAGAGCCAGACUUUCAGCGAGGUAAUAGAGUCUGAACCAGUAUCAAUCUCCAGACCAUUUAUCAGUUUUGGUUCUCGUUAGGGUUAGUAUAUCAUAGUAUGCCAACUUAGCUAUCAAGUUUGUGUCAUUGCCACCUCUUAAUCAAGGGUUGAAUUAAAGUGUUCGAGUUCAAUAAGCUUUGCAUUGUAGUAACUAUUCCAACAUGCGUGCUUAUAUUGACUACUCUCUGCAGGUGUUCUCAUGUUUUGCUUAUAUGGACUUUCGUUUUUGUAGGCUCCAGAAUCUUAUACUCGCGGGCUUUCCUUAAUGGUUAGUAUUGUGAAAUGCUAUCAUAGGAGUUCUUUCUUUGGUUUGAGUGGUUUCAGAGAAUUCCUAUCUGUUAGAUAAUCCAUGUGGAUGAUCAAUACAAUUUGAAUGGUAACAUUUUCUCAACCGUCUGUGUUUUCAGAACGUAAUCAACCCGGAAACUGGCUUUCGAGCAAUGUGUCAGACUCUGCUGGGUUGGAUCAUGAUGGAGAACUUGAGACACUUGGUAUUUGGGAAAUCAAGGCGAUAAAGUGAUUUUAUCAAGGAAGGCAUCAACCAAGAACUAAAUUUUGAGAAUUCGGAGAAGAAAAGUGAAGAGCCACUUGAAAAGCCACCUUCUUCUGUUGAGGUAAUGGCAAAUGAGUUCCUGUGUAGAGAAGGAAAUGAAGACAGCCCUUUGACAAAUGUGAGCUCUUUGUUACCCUUCCAUCUCCAUCUCCAUCUUGAACCAGUAUCAAUCACUACUCUAGUUACCAGUUUUGUUUCUUCGUAGGGUACUCUUAUCUUCUUGGUAAUCAUUUGGUGUUGCCAUAUUUUUCUUAUAUAUGAACUUUCAUUCUUGUAGGCGCCAGAAUCUUCAGACUCGCCUGCUUUCAUCAAUGGUUAGUAGUCUGAUCUGCUAUAAUAUGAUUUCUCUCUUUGGUUUUAAGGUUUCUUGCCAGACUGAAAAUUUCAAGAGUUUUUAUCAAUUAGAUGAUCCAUGUGAAUCAGUAUAUGAUAAUGUGUGGUAGCUUGGUUUUUAAUUGUUUUGUUUUCAGAACCCGAACACCCCGGAAACUGGCUUUCAAGCUAUGUAUCAGACUCUGGUGAGUUGGAUCCUGAUGAUGAGCUUGAAGCUGCUGCUAUUUGGGAAAGUUGAGGAAAUGGAGAUGGUUUUAGCAAGGAACGCAUCAACAGAAAAGAGAAUUUUUUAAGAAUCUGGAGAAGGAACACGACGUGACUCUUGAAAAGCUGCCUUCAUCAGAUGAGUUCGUUGAAAAUUAUUGCCAGUUUAGGGAAGCAAAUGUACACAGCCCUUUGGCAAAGGAUCCUCUUUCUCAGUCAUCAUCGGAGUUCCUAUCAGAGCCGCCUGACAUUAGGAACAGGUUCUCCAGCUAUGCCGAUGAACCUCCUGCGCCGGGUGAAGAUGAGUCGCAGCGUAGAGAAGGCGGUUAUCAUUGACCAAGAAGGAAGUGAAGAUGGAGAAAUGAAAUCUGAAUGCAUAGACAUUGAUCAAGGGAACAUUGAUGGGGAGUUCACACUUGAUGCACUUCUUCAUUGUGACAACUUCCCAAUAAAUCAUAACCAGAGUCACCUCCCGCAUUCACAUAUAAGAAGUCCUAAGACAAUGAGUAGCUUGGAAGGCCACAACAUUCAGAACAGUGACGAGAAAUUUCCAGCAGAAUUGUUGACUCCUAGUGAAGAUUCACAUUCAUUUGAGAAGUCGAAAGCAGCAGAAUCAGAUGAAAACAAUACCAAGUUAAUCACAGUAUCAGGCACUGGAAACACAGUUAGUGAUCAUGAAGCAAAAAAUGCAGCCUUUUCUUCUUCUGAAAGUGGGUUUCUGACAACAAGGAAGAAGAACAGGAUCACAAGACUGCACUACGACGAGAACCAUUAUCCCGGAUCAAGGAAUGUUGCACCAAAAUGCUUCAAGAGUGAGAGGAGGAAGAGUUGUACAUCAACAUCAUAUGGUAAUGCAGCAAAGGAUGAUUCAUCGGGAAACAGAAAAGCGCUGUCUGAAAGAAGUCCAAAUGUUGUGCAGCACAGUGAGGUAACCGGGAAGUGGAAAUGCCCUCAGAGGAGCAAGCCUGUUAUGGGACCUCCAUUGAAGCAACUUGGUCUAGAAAAAUGGUUGUCUAGGCUGUAGAGAUUCUGCUUGCUUCUCUGAAUGGAUGGUUUGUUAUUAGGCAGGGAAAAGAGUUAAUUGGAAAAAAUUAGGGAUAUGGGAAUUGAACCCGACGUGAAUCGAACACGCAACCUUCUGAUCUGGAGUCAGACGCGCUACCAUUGCGCCACGGAUCCCUGUGUGAUUGACAGGUCCUCAGAGCAUGACAACACAGUAUAUUCAUGGGUAAUUUCUUCGAUCCUUCCGAAGCAAGUAAACUAUGGACCAGAUUUGGUGACAUGAUCGGAUAGUCAAUGAACUUGAAUUGAUGGA